CAAUGAUUAAAAUCAGCUCUAUUUUUUGGGGACGGGGAGUGGGAGGGGGUUGCCAAAUGUAUUAAGAGAUGUGACAGAACAUCUGAUUAAAACCGUUAUCCCGGGUGGAGGAGGGCAUAGAACCGGGGACUGAGAAAUUGAACCGUUAGCAACAGAAAGGAGCAAAAAAAAAGAAUAAUCCCAUCACCGAAGGCUCUGAAGAGACUGUUUCGCAUCAGUUCGAUCCCAAUCUGCUUUUAACACAGAAACAAGCCAGCCAGAGAGAGAGAGAGAGAGAGAAGGGAGGCGAGAGAGAAAUUCCCCCGAAUUUUCAUCGUAUGGUGUUCGGGGAGAAGGGAAGAGGUUGAUGUUCACGGAGGGAAGAACAAUGUCACGUCUGUCUCUGACCCGCUCCCCUGUGUCACCCGUGGCAUCUCAGGGCAUUCCACUGCCAGCUCAACUCACCAAGUCCAAUGCUCCUGUUCACAUUGAUGUUGGUGGACACAUGUAUACCAGCAGCCUAGCCACCUUAACCAAAUACACAGACUCCAGGAUAGGACGCCUGUUCAAUGGCACAGAGCCCAUCGUCCUGGACAGUUUAAAACAGCACUAUUUCAUUGAUCGAGAUGGAGAGAUUUUCCGAUACAUCUUAAGUUUCCUCAGGACGUCGAAGCUCCUGCUUCCAGAAGACUUCAAGGAUUUCAGCCUGUUAUAUGAAGAAGCAAAGUAUUACCAGCUACAGCCCAUGGUGAGAGAACUGGAGAGGUGGAAGCAGGAACGGGAGCAUCGAAAGUGCUCGCAACCUUGUGAGUGUCUGGUGCUGAGGGUGACUCCUGACCUGGGAGAGCGCAUCAGUCUAAGUGGAGAGAAAUCAUUAAUAGAGGAUAUUUUCCCUGAGACUGGGGAUGUCAUGUGCAACUCUGUAAACGCUGGGUGGAACCAGGACCCCACGCAUGUAAUCCGAUUUCCAAUCAACGGAUACUGCCGGCUUAACUCAGUCCAGGUACUGGAACGGUUGUUGCACAAGGGAUUUCGUGUGGUGGCGUCCUGCGGUGGUGGUGUGGAUUCUUCACAGUUCAGUGAAUAUGUGCUGUAUCGUCAGGACAAGCAGUUACAGCUCACACCAACAACAUUCAGAAUAAAACAGGAGCCCCUGGAUUAGUGUGAGCACUGACCCCCAGCCCGGCCUUCCAGGCUUUUUUAUGUUUUGUUUCUAACAACCCCCACCCACCCCCAACAGUCUACCUGUUUCGUUUUAGUUGCUGGACUCGAGAGCAGGCAUCUGUCAAAGAGGAAGAUCUCUUGAUGAUGAUAUUUAUCGAUGGAUUGGAUCAGCUGCACUCCCGCCCACCAUGCAUGUAUGGACAUCUGAUGCCACCAGUCAUCGUUCCAGGAUGGCAUGAGCCAGGAGCAGAAGCAGACGAGAAGGGGCAUUGGUUAUAACCAUGGAAGGAAUCCAACCUUAGGCCAAUGAGAGGAUCACACUGCGAUGAUCCAGAACUUCUGUAACUUGUAAAGUAUUCUUCUGUCCCGUCCUAUUCUCCAGCCAAGCACUGCUGCUCCAAUCCCAACAGGGCACAGACCAUCUCACCAACAGUGGGCACAGACCAUUUCACUAUCUCCCCAACACUGGGCACAGACAUCUCCCCAACACUGGGCACAAAGCAUCUCACCAGCACUGGGCACAGAGCAUCUGUUCAACACUGGGCACGGAUAUCUCACCCAUGCUGGGCACAGACCAUCUCUGGGCACAGAGCAUCUCGCCAACACAGGGCGUCGAUGUAAACAGUCUAAACUCAGAGUGUUGACACAACGUAGUCUACUUACAGACACUCUGUGCUGGGACAACUGGUCCCCACUACACACAGUCAGUGCUGGGACCAUCAGUCCCUGUUAUACAAACCUUGUCCUACUUUAAAGAUGAUUUCUUGGGACUCUCCACUAUGCCUGACAAUGUGAUUUUAGUGAGCACCCCACUGGUCAGAGGUUUUUAUUAUAGAGACCCACCCAAUGUUUCAUUCUUCCCAUCAUAGACCUCCCGUAUGGAAUCUCCUGUCCCCUCUUCACUUCCUCACCUUGACCAUCCUUCAUCUCACUCGUCCGAGGCUGGUCCCAGACCCAUGAGACUAAAGCAGCUAAAAUUAAAGUACAAUUCAUUACUUGCUGAAAAGAAAGCAGUUGAU